GGUGGGAGGGAAGGGAGGGGAAGUAGUUUGACAUGUCGGAGCGGCCUGCGGGACCAGAAUCAUGGUCCAAGUCUGGUUCCGGGAUACUAAGGCCCGGGGGGGUACAGCCCAUCGAGGCGGAGGCUCUGGUGGCCCUGCUGGAGGGGGGGCUGGACCGGGUGGUGCUGAUCGACAGCCGGCCCUUCGUGGACUACAACGCCUCACACAUCCUGGAGGCGGUGAAUGUGAACUGCUCCAAGCUGAUGAAGAGGAGGCUGCAGCAGGACAAAGUCCAGAUCGCUGAGCUGCUGCAGCACUCGGCCAAGAAGAAGUUGGAGCUGCAGGGCGAUCAGGAGGUCGUUGUAUACGAUCAGAGUUCUUCAGACCCGACUGCUCUCAGCUCCGAGUCUUUCCUCAGCGUCCUGUUGCUGAAACUGGAGAGGAGCUUCCCCUCCGUACAUCUGCUCUCAGGUGGAUUCUCAGAGUUCUCCCACCUGUUUCCUGGUCUGUGCGAGGGGAAGUCCACUCUGGUUCCCUCCUGUAUCUCUCAGCCCUGCCUGCCGGUCACCAACAUCGGGCCGACCCGCAUCCUGCCUCACCUGUACCUGGGCUGCCAGAGAGACGUCCUCAACAAGGAUCUGAUGCAGCAGAACGACAUCGUCUACGUCCUGAACGCCAGUAACACCUGCCCCAAACCUGACUUCAUCCCGGAGUCUCACUUCCUGAGAGUUCCUGUUAACGACUCCUUCUGUGAGAAGAUCCUGCCCUGGCUGGACAGAUCGGUGGAGUUCAUAGAGAAGGCUAAAGCCUCCAACGCUCGGGUCCUGGUUCACUGUCUGGCUGGAAUCUCCCGCUCAGCCACCAUCGCCAUCGCCUACAUCAUGAAGAGGAUGGACAUGACAUUGGACGAGGCAUACAGGUUUGUGAAGGAGAAGAGGCCGACCAUCUCUCCCAACUUUAACUUCCUGGGUCAGCUGCUGGACUUCGAGAAGAAGAUAAAAAGUCCUCACGGUACUGAAACUAAACUGAAGUCCCUCCAUCAUCCGGAGCCCAGCAGUGAGGCCCCCGCUCAACCCGAGGACCUGGAGCCUCCGGCCUGCCAGGAGGCCCCCGUGGGCCCCGGCCUGGCCCUGCUGGAGCCCCUCACCCUGCCGUGUGUUUUAGCCGACGCCCCCGAGGAGCGUCUGCUGGCUCAGGCUCUGAGCGGCCUGCAGCUCGCCGACGGACCUGAAGACAACGCCCGGCUGAAGCGCUCCUUCUCUCUGGACAUCAAGUCGUACGGCGAGCCGGGCGGGAACGCUCCUCACCGAGUGUUCGUCCCUCACGGUGGAUCAGGAGACGCCGCCGACUUCUACAAACCGUCUGCCUUCAAAGAGCCGACCAGUAAACCCUGCCAGUUCUCCCCGGUGCAGGAGGUUUCAGAGCAGUCCACUCCGGAGCAGAGCCCCGACAAAGAGGAGGCCGUCGGACCGGAGCGAGUCGCGCCGCCGGCCUCCAGCGGCUUCACCAAACCUCCGCCCGCUGCUCCGAACUGUUCGCACCAGCUGCACCGGAGUGGCAGCAUGGAGGAGAACGCCACCAGCUUCCUGUUCGGCCUCUCGCGCAGCCAGCAGCAUCUGGCCAAACCGGGAUCCAGCGGGGCCCUGAAAGGCUGGCACUCAGACAUCCUGCUGGGGCCCGUCACCGUCUCCACCUCCUCCCUGGCCGGCGGUUGGUACCUCUCCUCCGACUCCACGCGCUUCUACUCCACCUCAGCCAUCCUGAGCGGCGGCAGCUUCGCGGCCUACAGCUGCGGCCACGGCCUGGAGGCGGUGCGGCGGCGCAGCCGGCAGAGGACGGGCGACCGCGGGGACUCGAGGAGGAGCUGGCACGAAGAGAGCAGCUUCGAGAAGCAGCUGAAGCGACGCAGCUGUCAGAUGGAGUUUGGAGACGGGAUGACGGACAGCAGGUCCAGAGAGGAGAUGGGGAAGGUGGGGAGUCAGUCGAGCUUCUCCGGCAGCAUGGAGAUCAUCGAGGUGUCCUGAAACUGAUCCGGAGACAGUUUGAGACAGAAAUCUCACACUCGGUCGGGACGAAUCUGACCGGAGCAGCUUCGACGCUACUGACGCUUCAAUGUCGUGGAGAGUAACGUGCAACACACAUCGGCCGCUUCGCUGCGUGUCGAUAUCACGCAGCGGAGCGACGGUUCAGAGAUCGGCUGGAUGCUCGUGUUUCGUCACCACGUUGGCCCAAAUAUAAGAUUUUUUUUUCUGGAACUUAAGUUUGAAAAAGGACGAGACAAUUACUUCUUCACAGCAUCAGCUGUUCUGUUUGAAUAGAGAGAGGAGGGAGAGUGAUGCAUUAUGGGUUGUUUUUAGCCUUAAUGUUGCUAGGCUAACAGAUUUCUUCAACUCUGUUUAUUGUGAGUCUGUUAGAGUUAAUCAGCCUCAGUGUGUUUAGUUAGUUCGGUUUAACCUGCAGGAGUUUCUCCACAGCACGAAUCUGAAAGUGUUUAUCUUCAAAAUGUCAGCUGGUGGGUUUUAUAAUCGGGGUCGUCUUGUAUUUGGGCCAGGAUGUUACGAAGUGCAGCUCAUCAACGUCACACAGACUAAAUCUGUUAACGUCUGAUAAAAACACCAGCAGCUGCUUGAACAAACUUUAAAGUAUUUUACUAAAGAAACCCCAUUAAACACACACCUGCAGACUGACGGGGUUUAAACACCAAACCGUCUGUAACACUCAGAACGCUAAAAAGCAACGAGCUCCUAAACUUUAAACCAUCAAUAACAAAGGCGGAGUCCAAACGCUCGGCCGUAACGGGCGCGUUGCUGUGACGAUCAUCGGUUCGGUGCUCGUGUAGCAAAACAGCGUUCAGCCUGAAGCACUGCGGCUGACAGAACUACCACUUCAGGCAGUAUAUAGUACAGGUAUUACUAUAAGUAGCUGUAUCGCACACACACACACACACACACACACACUAAGUGUAGAGUCCUGGAAGCCUCGUGACCCGUUUAACGUAGAAAAAUGAUUCAAACUUUCAAAGUGUGACGAAGGAAAACUCGUCCAGAGACGAGCGAGUUUGAGUUCUGGAAAUGAAUCAGUUCUUUCAGCACUCAAACUGCACAUUUCCAUGUAUUUUAUCCGUAUGUGUUAACACAGCGAGGCACACUGGAUGAUGAUUGAUUGAUUGAUUGAUUGAUUGAUGAUGAUGAUGACUUCUCACCGAGAGACCGUGCACACGUCUGAGGAGACAAAAGGUUUGUUUUAAGAAAAUAAAUCAGUGGUUUGUAUCCUCAGCUGACGUUUUGAUGUGAACACAAUACGUUUUUAUAAUAACUGAAUCAUGAAAAACACACACACACACACACACACACACACACACACACACACACACACAGUGCUGUUACACGAUUCAGGAAGUACCGUGUGAUGGGUCGCAGGAGCUCAGACUUUACGUGAUGACGUCGCAGGAAGUGCGUCUGGAUUCAGCCAAAAUCCGCGAAGGAUCUUUUUAAAUCGUAAAGUAUUUACUGCAGAGCCGCCAUCUCACGCAGCCUCACCUGUCCAGGUGUGGGAGGGAGCGUCACCUGCUCGGCUCUGGUGCGGCAGGAGGAGAGCUAACGAACGUGAUGAUGUAUUAUUGUCGCUCUGAAGACGUCGCCGAUGUGUGUUGCAAUGUGACAGACAGGACGACUUCACUGACGGACUCUGAGCGCUUCAGACGCGAUGAUGAUGAUGAUGAUGAUGAUGAUGAUUCUCUGACUGACGCUUUCAGUCUCAGCAGCACCUCCCAGAUCCAGAUCCUCCCUUUUGUUUUUCAGAGUUUUGAAGCAGCUCGUUGGCAGAGAACAGCUCAGGUGUGAUCUGAGCUGCAGGUGAACAGAACCAGGUGAACAGAGCUCACCUGUCCAGAGGAUCGGAGGCUGGGACUCGGACGUCGGUGUGGUUCAGUAACAGACGUGUUCGUGUUGCACUACUGUGGUUUGGAGAAUUGAUCUGAUUAAAAAUGUAUAAAAGCAGUAAAAGAAAA